AUGAAGGAUGAUGACAAGGAGAAGCUGUGCAAAAGGCUCAUGGGUGCCGUCUUUUGUGUAUUUGUCGGGGACGAUAAUCCCAACCUGAGCUGUUUCAACAAAUGCGUCCAGGAAUGUCUUGAUACCGAAAUCUUUGCCGGGGGCCCGUUGACAUUAUGGGUGGCAUGGCAAAAUGUGGCAAAUGUUCUUAUAAACUGCACCAAAGGUACACGUCGCAAAAGCAGCGGCGGCAGCAGCAGCGUUUAUGGCUGUCCAAAAGCUGUAAGACUCAUGUCGGCACUGGCACGCUUCUGCUUCGUGGAUGAGUUUCCGAGGCAUUCAGCUGGCCUCGAACGAAUGUAUGAACUGAGAGCGAUUGAGCAUGCACGCACUGCCGUCAUACACGAUAGUGAAUUGACAUCAUACCAAGCUUAUCUAUGGGUAAAGAGAGGGACUGGCUCGGCUCCGGAGGAGGUUCCGGAGGAGAAGUAUGGCGAUGAGAAGAAGGAUGGCGACGAAAUCGAGAGCAGCGCAGAUGCUUACAUCAACAUGGCAGACAAUGAAGACAGCGGUGCAGACAAUGGCAGCGGUACCACAUAUAUUGGCAGCGACAGAGCAAAUGACGACAGCAGCAGCUGA